AUGUCGAGCCAAGUCAAGGUAUACCGGGCGCGCGAGGAUGACGUGCCGCUGGUGCGCUCCGAGUACCUAACUGACCGCGGAAUCUGGGUGCUUACGAUGUGUGGCGAGCAGACGCCAGACAACCGUCUGACGCACACGUUCCUCAGAGAAGGUAUCAUACCGGCCUUGCGUGACGUUCGGGCUGAAUGGCACAGCCGCGUCGAGCAGGACGAAAUAAAUGGCGGUGCAGCUCUCGUCACGACCGCCGAGCUCUCGAACAAGAUUUUCUCGAACGGUCUCGACCUGUUCAAUGCGAUUGCGGAUCCGCACUUUUUCAACGAGUAUCUGAAUGCCAUGUUUUACGAGCUGCUCACGUUCCCCAUUCCCACAGUGGCGGCCAUCACGGGCCAUGCAUUUGCUGGUGGAUGCACACUCGCAUUAGCACACGACUACCGCGUGAUGAACGCCCAGCGCGGCUACCUGUGCAUGAACGAAAUCGAGUUCGGAGCACAUAUCCCCAGCGGCAUGCUGGGCACGAUCAAGUCGGUGGUCAAGUCGUUCCAGACUAUGCGCAAGCUCGUGCUGGAGGGACACCGCUUCACUUCGCAGGAAGCGCUGGAGCAUGGUCUGGUGGAUGCGGUCGCGGACUCGCCUGAGGCCGUGCUGCAGACAGCCAUGGGCAUGGCAGAAAAGCUGCGUUCGCGCAGCGCGAGCAAUGGCUGGCAAGUGAACAAGGAACUGCUUCAUCGCGAGUCGCUUGCGAUGCAGUUUGAGCCGCCGCGCGUGGCGUCAAAGUUGUAA